CUGACGUCAGAGCACGUACACUUUAUAUUUAUUUUUCUUUCUUUCAUAUCGAUUUCGUACUGAGUCAAAAUGCCGAAACGAAAAGCAAAUUCAUUGCCAGCACAAGUAAAGGCUGUUCGGAGUGCACGGUUGCACACCCAGAGGCCACUUGGCAGACCGGAUAUAGUCGCUACACAAUCACAGUCAGUUCUACCGGAGGUGGAAAACAAUAGUCAGGCAUCGGUAUUGGAAGACCAACAGCAGCAUGAUAAUGGUUACACCUAUGACAACAUAUUUCAUGUAUGGGUGUGUGGUUCGUCGCUGGUCACUGGGGCAUCGAAUCGGGCCUCGGAACGCCCUGACGGACAUAACAUUGGGAUGGAGAAUUUAGGGGUGAAGGUUACAUGGUUAGGUAUGAGCGGGAUGAGGGUACACCAUUUAAAGGAAACGAUAAGUUACCAUCUUCAGUUUAAUCCGAAGCCUGAUAUGCUGAUCAUUCAUUGUGGGGGAAAUGACAUAAGGUGCCAAGAUAGACCUGGUCUAGAACUCAGUUGGAAACUUAAAAAAUGUAUUUAUGACGGUAAUGACGACUACGACCUUAACGGUGACAUUGAAAGUAUCCAACAAAAGUUGCCAAACUGUAGAAUGAUAUAUUCUCAAAUUUUACCACGUUUAACAUGGCGUUACUAUGCAAAUCAUCGGGAAAUAGUUAAUCGAAUCAGAAAAAGGGUGAACAGUUGUAUUGGAGCUUAUACUGUUAGGAAAGGUGGGGGUUACAUUAAAUAUCCAAACAUUAUCGAAGACCCUAGGUUUUUUUCUGACGGCACGCACCUUAGCUCUUUAGGUUAUGACAUCAAGCUAUAUACAAUUGGGUCAGCACUAUAUUCAUUCAAAUGUUUAGGAAAUUCUACAUUUCCUGUCUCAUAAUUAGUGCAUAACAUAGCACAGAUGUUUUUUUUUUUUUUUUU